AUGGAUCUCAGUCGCAGUCGCCGCGGCAACAGCCUCUUCGGAAUCCUCAGUGAUUGUGGUUGUCACCAUGGCGACAACAAGCGGAACGUUUUGACCCUGAAUGUGUUGUUGCUAGGUGACAGGCAGAGUGGGAGGAGCUCUGUGGGGAAUGCUCUGAUUGGUGGAGAAGAAUUUCACACAGGCCCCUGCCUUUCUGGCAUCGCGGUGACGAUGGAGCACCAGCUGCUUAGCCGAAACUUUCCACGGUUUUUCCGAAGGCAGGGGGCGGAGUCUGACCUUGUUUUGAGAGUGAUGGACACGCCCCCUAUGUUGCCUAACUGGCAACGUGUGCACAAGCUUUGCCCCGAGGGCGUGCACGUACUUGUUCUUGUUGUGAGAGCUGACCGACUGCACGACAACACACACCUGGAGGAGCACGCACAGACUCUCUUCGGUCCUGAGUGGCGCCGUCAUGCUUUACUCGUCCUCAUACAUGCUGACCACCUGAAGGAGGCGGGGCUUCACACGUCAGUCAGUGACUGGCUGCGAGCUCUGGCUGAACAGGUGGAGGGAGGAGUCUUGUUCUUGGACAACAGCCGUGAUUGGCCAUCAGUCAGAGGGCGCCCGCUGAGAGAGCGACUGCUCCGCCUCUCAGCCAGGAACCAUCACAGAGCUGUGAUGGUCCGGACAGAGGCUCGCUCUGACUGA